GUAUGCAGUAGCAUCAGCUAUCAGUCCAGUCAGGUCAUGUAUAUACAUGUGGCUGUGCGUAUGCUUGUAUGUUUGUCGUCCCAGCUCAGCAUCCGCAGUAGUAGGACAGGGGCGGGCUGUCCGCCGACAACUGCUUUAGCAAACCUCGGUUCUUGCUCUGCACACCACACACGACAGGACAGCCAACCAGGCACACACAUAGAUACACACAUAUAACAACAAGGCUGGUAUGGUAUGCCCUGUCUGUCUCUCUGUCUGUCUGUGUUUGAGUUGAGUCGGUGUGUACAUUACAUUAACUUACUUCGAAGUCCCUCAUCCAGAAGGUGUUGAGGAGUGUCUUUUGGAUGAAUGGGAUGCGCUUCUCGAUGGCGCUGUACUGCGAGCCAUCCGCCCACUUGCCGGCCGCACUCAUGAUGGGCGGCAGAUCCACACCAGCUCCCAAACACUGCAUAAACGUCGAUUGCGUGUGUGUGUGUGUGUGUGUUGUUGUUGUGAGGUACUCCUUCGCUGCUGAAGGUCUGUGUGAUGAUUUGGUCUCCGUCUUGUUUGCUGAGGAAUCGUCUGAUGAGAGGCGUGAGCUCCUGCUCCUCCUCCAUGCAGUUGACCUUGAGCAUACUCGCCACCUCGUUGACCAUCGUCACCAACUUGCCUAGAUAGACAGACAGAGAAGACGAUCCAGACAGAGAGACAGACAUACACAGGCCAGGCACAUAUAUAUAUAUAUAUAUGUGUAUAUAUAUAUUACACAUAUAUAUAUAUGUGUGUGUGUGCGUGGGAUGCAUUAAUGCAUUGAUUGCAUGCCUAGCGUACCGACAAGGACGUGUUUGCCCUGUCUAUGGGUGUCGGACUCCAACUUGUACUGCUCCUCGACGUCAAUAAUCUGAUCCAACCAACACAACCAACAGUGUCUCUUGCCUUGUCUCUCCAUUCCCCCCUCCCUCCCUCCCUCCCUCCCUCCCUGUCUGUCUGUCUGUCUGUCUGUCUGCCCUUUUUGUUCUCACCGACCUCGUCCACUUUCUUGCUGAUCGCGGUGUGGUCGUUUUUGAUUUUCUCUGUGAUCUGGACCGACUGCUGCAGUUUGGCGAAGAGGAAAUCCUCUUCGGCCUCGAGGUGGCUCUUGACGAAGGGUCCGAAGUACACGCGGAACCACUUGCAGAAGGUGAGGACCUUCCAGUCGGUGCCGUUGGAGACGUACGGCAGCACCUUCUCCAUCUCUUUGAUCUCAACACGGAGGGCCUCGUGGCCCAACAGCAUCAACACAUCUGAAUCAACACACACACACACAUACACCGCCGAUGGAUAAGCACGUUCUCGCAGCAUUGUCCAAUGCCUUUGAGCGCGUGGGUAUCUAUCGUACCAGACCAGUCCUCAGCGUUUCUGAUGACUUGGCUGGUGAUGUUGGGGUUGGGCUGCUUGCCGGCCUUGGCAAGACCUGACGACACAACCACACAUGGGGCGACACAGGGCGGGGCGUCUCAAUUAAGCUGCCGUGUCAAGGGGGUGGAGCUUUGGCUUCCUCCCCACCCAUCUGGGCCAUGGCUUGUUGACCCAUCUCCUGCAUAUUCUUCCUGCACACCACACAGGGCAGACAGACAGACAGGAACACAGAAGAUAGAUAUGAGCGAACCCCUCUCGAAAAGCCCCCCCGCAUCAAUAUUUGUCGGCUCACAUCACUCCCUGGGGAGUCAGGGUGGCGAGCGUGUCGCUCAUGGACGCCAUGGGUGUUGGGGCGGGGCUAAUCUGAGAUAUCUCGGCUGUACAAACUUCACUUACAGACC